ACAAAAGAGUUUAUUUUGUACAAUAGCCAAUAGGCACAAGUAGUAGUGUUGUGACAUGGCAUGGUGGUAGAGAAAAAGUGGAGGAAAGGAUGGGAGAGAUUGUAAACCUAGGAAGAGGAGGCCCGUUAAUCCUUAGCACGACGAUAUGGUCAUGCCGUUCCCACUCCCAAUUGACUAAGCUUGACUCUGUUCAUACUAAAUGGACUCGUUUACACCAUACACUCUACUCCAACGCCAGAUUCGUUUGCCUUUUCUCAAACAAUAAAAGACAGGAACAAGCUAGAAAAGCAUUAGAAGGUGCACUAAGUGGAAAGAAAAAUGAAUUUGAGAAGUGGGGCAAAGAAAUAAAAAAACGAGAAGAGCUGGGAGGUGAUGCCGGCGGUAGUGGUGGAGGAGGUUGGUUUGGGUGGGGUAGAUGGUUUGGGUGGUCUAAUGAUGAUAAUUUUUGGCAAGAAGCAAAACAAGCUAGUCUUACUAUACUCGGCAUCAUUCUCAUAUAUCUCCUAGUUGCAAAAGGUGAUUUGAUCCUUGCCGUCAUCAUCAAUCCAUUGCUGUAUGCACUUCGGGGUGUGAGAAAUGGAUUUGGCCUCACAACAUCAAAAGUCAUGAAAAAUACUUCUAACGGUGAUCAGCCUGAUUUUGAUUUGAAGAAAGGUUACAAGAGUGCUUCUGCUAAAGAGAACGUUGUAAGAAAAUGGGGUAGUGAUUAGUGGAUAACUUGUUUGUCACAGGUUUGGCAUCGUCACAUUUAGAGCAGAAUGUCAUUUAUAUUACCCUUCAUUGUUGGUUCUACAUCACCUUAGCUCCAUGCUGUAUUUUAGUGAGGUGAUUAUUGCCGUAACUCAAAAGGUUUUUUCUCCCCUUCGCAUCUGAAUGAAUAACUUUUGCUUUCUCUUGCAAAAUCUGUUUUACAAGCUUGCAAUUGGUAAGGAGAUUGUAUCUGUAAAAGAAUGAGUAGAGUUAUUAGGUUAAAUGGUGGUUGCUUUGAAAUUAUUAUUAUUAGUAACUGUAUCUUGAUUUGUUUUCUGUUGUUUUAUCAAAUUUAGUUGAAAAACAACAUGAAUGCUCAUGAGAUUA